UUCAACUGUGCGCGCAGCAGACUCGCAAACCGUGUGCGCUCGGACUGCGUCUCGCGCUGCUGGGAGUUCACUUCACCGUCUGCAUCUUUGCAACGCUCAAGAACAGACAGACCCAGGGUGGUGCUUUCUAGAUAAAGUGAAGGAAAGCAAGCGAGAAAGAAUUAGGUCAUCGUUCUUGUCGAAGUGUUUGGCUCAUCAUGAAGAUGUGCAUGAUAACGCCGAUGCUGGUUCUGGUGCUCUCCGGGCAGUGCGGCAUCCUGGCCGGUAAAGUGAAUAAACACAAGCCAUGGAUCGAGACGUCCUACCAUGGUGUGAUCACUGAGAACAUGGACACGGUCCUGCUGGACCCUCCUCUGGUCGCUUUGGACAAAGACGCCCCCGUUCCAUUUGCAGGUGAGAUCUGUGCAUUUAAGAUUCACGGGCAGGAGGCCCCGUUUGAGGCAGAGGUAUUGAACAGGACGUCGGGUGAAGGGGUGCUGAGGGCCCGGGGUCCUGUCGACUGCGAGCAACAGAAGGAGUACACAUUCAUCAUUCAGGCCUACGACUGCGGAGCCAGUCCGAGUGGAGCCGAAUGGAAGAAGAGUCACAAGGCGGUGGUGCAUAUCCAGGUGGAUGAUGUAAAUGAGUUCUCCCCCGUGUUCAGGGAACCUCAGUUCCACGCUACGGUGACUGAGGGCAAGAUCUACGACAGCAUCCUUCAGGUGGAGGCCUGGGAUCAGGAUUGUUCUCCACAAUACAGCCAAAUCUGCAACUAUGAGAUUGUUACACAGGACACACCUUUUGCAAUCGAUCGCAAUGGCAACAUCAGGAACACCGAGCGACUAAGCUACGACAAGCAGCAGCGCUACAAAAUCAUGGUGACCGCGUAUGACUGCGGCCAGAAGAGGGCGACAGAGAGCGUCCCGGUUCACAUUGACGUCAAGCCAGUGUGCAAGCCUGGGUGGCAGGGUUGGAACAAGCGUCUGGAUUAUGAACCUGGAACAGGCAGCAAGCAGCUCUUUCCCAAGAUGCACCUAGAAACAUGCGACGGCCCCUUGUCUUCAGUGCGCGCCAUGGUGGAGCUCCAGACCAGCCACAUUGGGAAAGGCUGUGACAGAGAAACCUAUUCUGAGAAGUCUCUGCAGAAGCUCUGCGGAGCAGCCUCGGGCAGUACGGACCUUCUCCCGGCCCCCAGUGCGUCCACCAACUGGACGGCUUCCUUACUAACUGACAGUGGGCGAGACAGUGACCUCAUCUUUCGUUUUGAUGGACGACAAGCGGCAAAUAUCCCGGAGUGGGUUGUGCCACAGAACCUGACUGAUCAGUUUACCAUAGCAACAUGGAUGAAGCACGGGCCAAGUCCAGGACUGAGAGCUGAGAAAGAGACGUUGCUCUGCAAUUCAGACAAAACUGAGAUGAACAGGCACCAUUACUCUUUAUAUGUCCACAACUGCCGUCUGGUGUUUCUGCUGAGGCGAGACUUCAUUCAGCUGGACUCCUUCAGGCCAGCAGAAUUCCACUGGAGACUGGAACAGAUCUGCGAUAAAGAAUGGCAUUAUUACGUCAUCAACGUGGAGUUUCCUUCGGUGACCCUCUUUGUAGAUGGAGUGACGUACGAACCCUACCUUGUGACGGAUGACUGGCCAAUACACCCCUCCGAGAUCGAUGUACAGCUUACAGUAGGCGCCUGCUGGCAAGGAGGAGAGGUGACCACUCCACGGUUUACACAGUAUUUUCGUGGAAGCCUCUCAGGCCUCACUAUCCGACCAGGAAAGAUUGCAACACAAAAGGUGAUCUCCUGCUUACAGGCCUGCAAAGAGGGCCUGGACAUCAGCUCUCUUGAAAGUCUGGGCAAAGGCAUGAAGUUCCACUUCAACCCUGCUCAGUCUGUGCUGGUCAUGGAGGCAGAUGACUUGGAGAACAUCAACACCGCCAUGACGAAAGUUUCCUACAUUAACUCAAGGCAGUUUCCCACUCCUGGCUUGCGCAAACUUCACAUAUCCACCACAGUCCAAUGUUUCGGUGAAGACACAUGCAUUUCCAUACCAGACGUCAAGGCCGUAGUAAUGGUGCUGCCACCCAGCGAACCUCGUAUCACCAUCACCGGGGUGGAGCGGCUGGUUUGGCCCGCAGUUCAACUCAAAGCCUCUUCUGGGGUGACCCUGUUCAAGGACAUACACAUCAUUAGUACAGUCACCAAGACCGACACCACCCUCAGCAUAGCCCGGAGGCCUGGUGUUCUGGAGUUGAUGCAUAACCUAGAUUACUGUGAUGUGUUGGUGAUUGGAGAGGAGCUGGACCCGGAAAGCGAGAGUCUGGAUAUCCAGCACAGUUCUCUCUUGGGCAAACAUCUGGACGCUACCAAUUCCACCUCUGGCAUUUCUAUCUAUGGUGUGGACUCCAUGGCGCAUUAUGAACAGGCCAUCAGGCAGGUGAGGUACCAUAACUGGAAGCCUGGCAGUCUGUCUGAGAGAAGGUUCCGGCUCAGUUGCUCUGAGCUGAAUGGACGGUACACAAGCAAUGAGUUCAACCUGGAGAUUGGAAUCGCCCACAACUCGGAGGCCGUAGAGCAUGUAAAUCACAUGGCCGUCCAAUCGCAAUUCAUGAGACCUGUUCAUCAUCCAUUGGUCGUACAUACCGUCAACUCUGACCACAUCUCAGGUACCCCACCUGCCGCAACGGUGGUAAUUGUAAUGUGCAUCGCCGCCCUGGUGGUCAUUGUGGUCUUGGGCAUCUAUCGUAUCCACACCGCCCACCAGGAGGGUUCAAAAGAUGAUGAUGAUGAAAGAAAGGAGCCAGAGAUGGACUGGGAUGACUCCAAUCUCAACAUCACUGUCAAUCCUAUGGAGAGCUUUGAAGGUGCACAGAUCGCAGUGGAGGUUCGAGAGGAUGAACCGGAGGACGAUGAAGAUGAUGAGAAUGAUGAUGAACUGGCUGGAGAUCUCUCUAGCACUGAAUCUGAGGAAAGUGAUGAAGAGGAAGAGACUGAUAUUCAGAACGAAAGAGUGAAGGGAAAGCAGGAGUGGGACCCCUCUACGAUAUCCUAUUAAAACAGACACGCACACUCAAACACACACACAGUCAGACAGUCUCACACAUAUGCAAACACUAUCACACAGACAUGUGUAGACAUAGACUUGUUCAUUCACAUAUGCAUACAUACAUAAACCACUUGCAUUUAAUUCCCCUUCACAUCUACUGAAGCCAGAAAUAGUUGCCUGAAAUUCACUGAAACAAGAAACUCUGAUGUUGACACUUUUCAACGCCCACAGAGCAUCCUGUAAUGCUAUGGCUCCCUCUGCUGGUCAAUAUUUGGAAUUGCAUCUAAUACCUUUACGUACUUGUGUAGUGUCUCAGUAGAUCCACUAAAAGCAAAAAUUAAUUCAAAAUAACACCUUACUAAUUGUGAACUUCAACAUCUCUGGGAUGCUUUUUUAUAUUUUUGUGCAUCUUUUUAGAUUAUAUAGAUUCACCUUUUCCCUUUUUUAAACACUGUAAUAUUUAAAGGUCAUCAUUUUUGUUGUCUGCUAUCUUCAGAAUAACACUUAGUAUUGCAUUGGUGUGCAAUAGGUUUUUGGCAAUGAAAGGAUAAUUUUUAUCGUUUUAAAAAUAUAGCAAAAAUGUUGAUUGAAACCGUUCUCUUUGAACAGAUAUUAUAUAGUAAUGAGAACCCAUUUAAAAUCAGUGUAAUACAAACACUUUUUGAUAGUUUUCCCCGUGGUUUAUUCUUAUGGGUUCUUUGCAGUAAGAGCCAGUAGGAGAAAGAGUGUCUGUACAUUUGUAUAUGCUUGUCUUCUGUAAAUACAGAGCUGUAGAGUAGUUGAAUGGUGACUUCCUCCUGCAUCCCUCACACGGCCUGUUUGUAUCCACACUUGCUUGCUGAAGAGGAAUAUCUGUUCCUCUUCUCUCUAUCUGUAUUGAUCUCUCUUAUUGUUCAUGGUGUUCACCUCAACCGUGGAUGGGUUCUUUCUCACUUCACCUCGAAUAGAAGAAAUAGCUGAAUAUUUGUCAAACGCCCUGUAGACAAAGACAGUAAUACAAUGAAAAAAAAGAAGAAUGUGCUUCGAUUUUAUCUUGGGACAGAGUGGUGUUUUCUGAAGGUCUUCACUUAACAGUGUACAGGUCAAAUAUUCCUUUAAGAAAAGAAAUAUAAGUGGAAAUAAAAGUAUAAGUAAUGGUCUAUAGAGUUGCAUCUAGAAAGAGUUAAAGUAAUGACAAGAUGCCACGGGUGACACUUGUACCCCACAACCAAAUCCAUCCCCCACCCCCGCCCCGCCUGCUUCAUUUAGCCAGGAGAUGUGCAUUUUUGAAUAUGUCCAUUGGGUUACAUGUAAUGUCAGAUGCAGUGGUUAAGAUUUUUUAUUUCAUAAGUCUUAAACUCUGUGCUUGUGAUGUCAGCUUUGUGAGACGUCCCCCGCCCACCUUCCAGAACCUCCAUUUCACUAGUCCUUUUUAACCAUGUGUGUUAUAGAGCAGAGACAACAAAAAAUGAACUUUUAAAAAGAUCAACCCUGUAAAAUCAUGUAAGACUAUUCUUUUGUAUAUGUUUCUCUCCUUUUGUUUUUGUAAAGGGUUUUGUUUAACUUCUUUUAUGGUCACUGCGGCACUUUCUGUACAUUGACCAAUAAAGACUUUCCUUAGAAUGAG